CCGUUCACCCGCCUGCCCAUCCGCCUGGCCAAGGGGCUGGGCAAUAUCUCAGCUAAGUACCGCUGGUUUGCCGUCUUCUACCUGGUCAUCUUAUUCUUCCUGGUCCCGCUGUCCGUGUUUGGCCUCUCGCUGGCUGGGUGGCCAGUGCUGGUGGGCGUGGGGGUGCCCAUCGUCCUCGUGAUCCUUCUGGUGGUGGUGCUCAAGCUCCUGCAGGCCCGCUGCCCCCGCAUCCUGCCCAAGGUGCUCCAGACCUGGAACUUCCUGCCCCUGUGCAUGCGCUCGCUGGAGCCCU